AAUAAGCUCACAGCAAUAACAACCAGUCAGGGGGGACAACACGUUUUGGCGGUUAAAAGCGAUGAAUUCGUUGUGUUUGUGUUGCCGCUCCCGCGGACUGUCGACAACGACUACGACGUCAUUGCUCCGUUGCGCCCCGCCGCUUUCGCGCCAUCGCGUUCAACCGUCGAACACGUCUCUCCGUUGUCCCGGUCGACUACCGUACGACGUCAACGACAUUGCCGCUGAGUUUAUUUCCAAGACUCGAGCAGACAUGGCCGUCAACGAAUACUGCAACCGGCCGUACACGGUGUUCGUCGAGGGAAACGUGGGUAGUGGAAAAACUACAUUCUUGGAACAAUUCGCAAACUGCCCGAAUGUGUUCCUCGCCAAGGAACCUGUGCACAAGUGGCAGGACGUGCAGGGCCACAACUUUUUGGGCCUGAUGUACGAGGACCCGAAACGGUGGAGCUUCGCAUUCCAGUCGAUCGUGCAGAGGACCAUGUUAGAACUGCACCAGGCCAGGCCGGAACACCCGGGUCAGAACAUCAAGAUAAUGGAACGGUCUAUAUACAGUGCUCGAAAUAUAUUUGUUGAAAACUUAUACAAAGAAAAUCUUAUGGCAGCUCCUGAAUAUUCCGUGCUAGAUGCAUGGUAUAAGUGGCUAAUAGGAAAUGUUGAAAUUGAAUCUGACCUCAUAAUUUAUCUGAGGACUGAUCCUAAAGUAGCUUACCAAAGAAUCAAAACUAGGAAUAGAUUUGAAGAGAAAGAUGUUUCAUUUGAGUACAUAGAACAUCUACAUGAAUUGCAUGACAAGUGGUUAAAUGUACAUAAUACCAACAUACCAAAGAAUAUACCUGUUGUGAUUGUUGAUGCCAAUCAAAGUAUGGAUUUAGUUAGGCAACAAUUUAAAGGUAUUAGAGACCUAAUAACAAAAAAUGCUUCAGCACUUAUAGAGUCAAAAGCAAGUUCUACAAUUCCUGAAGUUGGUAAAAAUAUAAAAGACAUACAACACAUCUCAUCUAAUUGUAAAUUGAUAUCAGACUCUACCAUCGUUCCAGCUCAAAGAGUUUAAUUUAAACUUUUUUUUCUUCGUUGACUUUAGAUAUAAGACCUAUACAUUUUUUACUUUAUAUUUAUACUUAUAUUUACAUAAUAUUGAAUUAGGACAUGGGUUUCACAAGGUUUCCUACAUAUUUUCUAAUUAUAUAUAAUAUAAUACAUAUUGCAAUAUAAUCAUUUAUAAAGAAAAUCUAUAAUUUUAUAUUUGUAAAAAUCAUUAUUUAUAAAAAAAUGAAUUUUUUGUUUAAACUAUUUUACUGGUAAAUGUUACUUAUUGCACACUAGAAACACAUUUUAUUCACUAAGCACACUACUUGAAUUUGUGUGGAAGCAAAUAAAUUAGUUCCUUCAUCUGCCAAUACUAGAAUAAAGUGAAUAUUACUUUUUUUUUUUUUAUACUUGUAAAAAUGCAAUUUUCUUUAUGGAUACCAAUUUGUUAUUAGUGUUAUUACCAACCUAAUACAUGUUAAGGUCAUAGAAAUUGCUGUGAUAAAUAAAGUAAAUAUUUCAAGAA